UUUUACUUGUUGAAAUCGUAUAGAACGUUUUAAAAGCGACGGUUUUCGUACGGAAUAACAACAACUCCAGAAAAAUAGAACAAAAAUCGUGUGUGUUCUGGUUUUGAAAUAACAAAUUUCUACUGUACCCGUUGGUCAACCCCUUAAGUUCUAACAACAUGCAGCAGUUACUGCAAAGAUAUUAAAAAAAUUCUAACAAAAACUUACAAGUUGUUAACGCGCGUUUUGUGAUUUUUUUUAGUGGUGGUUUCAUUUCCAUGGUCCUUACACCAAUAAACACGCUUGCAGUAAUUUAAAUAAACGUGAUUUAGUGAAUUUUAAACUGAAUAGAACAGAAACGGCAGCUGUACAUAUUUAAAAUAAAAAGUUAAAUUUACAAUAAAAAAAGUGUAAUUUGUUCUUCUAGAUUAAAGUUAAAAGAACAACGUCAAUACAAAUUAAAAAGCUAACAAUAGGGACAGAACGUGUGUGAGAGAUAGAUAGAGAGAGAGUAGAAAACUGAAAACUAAAAACAUUUCAACAUGGAGACUGAAUCUUUAAAUCGUAAAAAUUCUUCACGGAAAAAUUCCAUUGUCAAUGGAAAUGGUGAAACAACGGCUAAAGCGGAUAGUGGUGAUGGCGGUGGUGAAGUUACGCUUAAGGCCAAAAUGAGUUUACUUAAUGGUUGCACUGUUAUUGUGGGUUCCAUUAUUGGUUCGGGUAUUUUUGUCUCACCCACCGGUGUCCUCAUGAAUACCGGCAGUGUUAAUUUGGCUUUAAUUGUCUGGGUGGCAUCGGGUCUAUUUUCAAUGGUUGGUGCCUACUGUUAUGCUGAAUUGGGUACAAUGAUUACAAAAUCUGGUGCAGAUUAUGCUUAUAUUAUGGAAACAUUUGGUCCAUUUAUGGCAUUUAUACGUCUUUGGAUAGAAUGUAUGAUAGUACGUCCAUGUUCACAAGCCAUUGUAGCUUUAACAUUUAGUGUUUAUGUAUUGAAACCUUUCUUCCCCGAAUGUACACCGCCCGAUGAUGCUUCCAGAUUAUUGGCAGUAUGUUGUAUAUGUGUCCUAACAUUUGUUAACUGUUGGGAUGUAAAAUGGGCUACCGCUGUGCAAGAUAUCUUCACAUAUGCUAAACUUUUGGCCUUAUUUAUCAUCAUUGCAUCUGGUCUAUAUCAAUUGUAUUUGGGCCACACAGAAUACUUUACAUUCGAGAAUACAGAUACUAAAGUUACAUCACUGGCAUUAUCAUUUUAUUCCGGGCUGUUUGCGUAUAACGGAUGGAACUAUUUGAAUUUCAUCAUUGAAGAACUUAAAGAUCCCGUUAAGAAUUUGCCACGUGCUAUUGCCAUCUCAUGUACUCUUGUUACCAUUGUCUAUGUCUUGGCUAAUGUCUCUUUCUAUACACUGUUGUCGCCCGAAGAAGUUUUAGGUUCUCAAGCUGUGGCUGUAACCUAUGCUGAAAGAGCUUUUGGUGUAAUUGCUUGGACCAUUCCCGUAUUUGUGGCCCUCUCUACUUUUGGUGCUGUUAAUGGUAUUUUAUUGACUUCUUCACGUUUGUUCUAUGCCGGUGCGAAUGAGGGUCAAAUGCCUGAAAUUUUAACUAUGAUUCAAAUUCAACGUUUUACACCCACACCUGCUGUUUUGGCCAUGGCUUUGUUGUCCAUGUUGUACUUGACGGUCUCGGAUAUAUUUGCCUUGAUUAAUUAUGUUGGUUUUGCUACUUGGUUAAGUAUUGGUGUUGCUGUCUUAUGUUUGCCCUGGUUACGUUGGGCUCAACCCAAUCUACCCCGUCCAAUUCGUGUACCCUUGGUCUUCCCCAUUGUCUAUUUAGUUGCCACCAUUUUCGUUACCGUUGUACCCAUGUACGCCAGUCCCGUUGAAACCGGCUAUGGCAUUCUAAUGAUCUUAACCAGUAUACCCGUCUAUUUGGUAUUUAUUGCGUGGAAAAAUAAACCCAUUUGGUUCCAAAAAACUAUGGGUGGAUUUACUCAAGCUUUACAAAAAACGAUGAUGGUUGUCCGACCCAAAAGUUCCUCAAAGUAAGUCUCACAAGGUUUUUGCAGAAAGUACUAAUGGUUCUUGGCAAGACUAAACCAGCUCAGGUGUAAAAACAAAACAAAAAGUUUCAACAAAAAAUAUGAAGAAUCCAAAAAAAAUCGUGAAAAACUGCUUUGAAAUAAUAACAAAAUGGCAUUUAAAGAAUUUUAUGUUAACGAAACGUAUAUUUAAAAGAAAUAUGUUGUUUUUAAGGCUUUUUAUUUUGUGAAUUAUUUAAAAAUUUAAGUUUUAUGUUUUAUAGCUGUAGUAACAAGAAAUCCUUUCAAACAAUAAACCCAGUUCCAAUUCCAUGACCCCCCCCCUUGUUAAGUUAAAAAAUACUUGAUUUUGUUUAUAAGUUUAGAUUGUUUAAAACUUUCUUUAAGUUUAAGAGAAAAGUGAAUUGUAGUAGUUAAUAAUAAAAAAAAGAUAACUAUAUAUACAUAUAAACGGAUAUAUUUUUGAAUAAACUGCCACUAUUUUAAACAAUUCAUGCAGAGAAAAAAAAACAACAAAAAUAUUUUAAUCUUCCCCUAUAGCGAGAUAGUUGUUGUAAUUAAACAAUAGACAAGGAAAAUAUUUUAUUAUUAUUUUUCAUAAACAUUUGAAAUUUGUUUAAAUUAAUACAAAACACACACCCAACACAUAUCCUUAAUAAAA